AUGGCAUUCGAACAAUCCGGCGGCAAAGAGGACGAAUACGAGGCCUCGAGAGACUCGAGCCGAGAGGAGGCCAGGCUGAUGCCAUCCGCUAUCGAGCAGGCUCCUGCGCCGAGGCCGGGCAGACUGCAGAGGCUUGGUCCGACGUUUUUGCUCUCGCUGUCGAAUCUCAUCUCGCUGUCGGCUCUGCUGUUCCUGCUAGUCACGCGCGAUAACCCGAGGCCGUGUGUGCCGGACAGACAUCCGCAUUGGACUGCGCCGGAGAUCCCGGUUACCACGAUCCUCGAGGCCAACGACGACUAUACACGUGCGCCGGAUGAGGACGAAUUGAAGGCUUGGGACCACAUCAUGCCGUUGGGCAGAGGCCUUGUCAUGGUCAACAGCACCGGUCUCCCCGACAUGCCCGGCCUGGACCAGUCUUUCCCCCGCGGCGCAUCAGGCUGGACCAGUAUCUCGCACCAACUACACUGCGUUUACGCAACCAAACACGCCUUCUACGACCUCUACUACAACCGCACCGGCGACAAGACACAACCCCUCUUUGGCGUCGGCUGGCAGCUCGAGCACCUCAACCACUGCUGGGACUACAUGCGGCAGACCAUCAUGUGCAAUCCAGAUCUGACACUCGAGUGGCGGGGUAAGAAGGAGGGGACGGGCUGGGGGUAUCAGCGGCAGUGCAAAGCCUGGGGCCCGAUUUACGACUGGCUCGAGAAGCACCGGAUUACGAAUGAUCGGGGGAUUUUGGCGCUCGGGUAUGAGCGGAAGCCGUUGGAUACUAGUGUUGUGCCGGGGGUUUGGUCGAGUAAAGACCUGGAAAAUAUUGAUGUAUAG